AAGGAGAAAUAUGGAUCUUCAACUUGAAAUUUCUGUGGAAGAAAAUGAAUUAGAAAAUUGGAGAGAGAGAUGCAACAGAAGAAUCGAAGGCCUAAAAGCAAGAGAGGUUUCAAAUAGUACCGAAGAUCAUCAAAGAUGUUCUGAAAAUAGUACUGGUGUGUUAAUUUUGGAAUCGCAAGAAGCUAUUCAAAAUAAUGGGAACGUGGAUCAGUUCGUUGAUAUGUUGGAGAAUAUCAUAUCUUCUUCUUCUCCUUCUUCAUCAGUUCAUUUGUCUGCUAUAUUCAACCAAGUCUCUCCUUCAGGUGAUUCCUUGCUUCAUGAUGCUGUUUAUUUUGGAAGAGAAGAAAUUGCAGAAUUGAUCAGUCAUCACUUUCCUCAGCUUCUCACCAAGAAAAACGUCCACGGCGAUACUCCACUUCAUGUUGCUGCAAGAUCAAACGAUAGCUCGUUUCUGAUUCAAGUUAUCCUCUCUGAAUAUGAAUCAACGUGUGAUGAAGAAAGGAGUAUAAUAACGAGAAUAACUAAUGAGUAUGGGAAUACAGCUCUUCAUGAAGCAGUAUAUAGCAAUAAUCUUCAAGGGGCUGAUAUACUUUUUGUUGCCGAUAAACAAGUUGCUCAUUUAUUGAAUAAUUCGAAUAUAUCACCAUUAUAUUUGGCAGUUCAGAGUUCAAAUAGGAAUAAAGUUGAUCUUUGGUGGGAUCUAGUUGAUCUUUGGUUGGAUGCACAAGAUCUAUUUCCUGAAAAUAUGACUCUUCCAAGGAUCCAUGGAAUCUCUCCACUUCAUGCUGCCAUAUCUACAAAAAAUGCAGAGUUAUUGAAACUGAUGGUGGAGAAAGAAUCAUAUGGAAAUCUAAUAAACCUAAGAGAUGAACAGGGAGGAACUGCAAUUCAUUUUGCAGCCAAAACAGGUUAUGCUGAAGGCGUUCGUAUACUGUUAGAGAAAUCUAUUUUAACAGCACAAGAAUUUGAUAUGAAGGGUUACCUUCCUAUUCAUCUUGCUUCAAAACAAGGUCACAUUGAGGUGGUGAAGCAAUUCUGUGAAGGAAAAAAGCUUUCUCUGAGAAGUUUGAUUAAUAAGAAAGGUCGAAACAUUCUUCAUGUCGCAGCAAAGCAUGGACAUGAAGGCGUUGUACAAUAUCUUUUAAGAAACACAAAGCAUGAGCAACUCGAUGUGAACCUGAAAGACAGAAAUGGGAACACUCCAUUGCAUUUGGCUGCUGAAAACUUGCAUUAUUCCACUGUAAUGAAUCUCACAUUGGACAAAAGGAUUGAUCUGAAAGUCACGAAUAAUGACGGCUUAACAGCUAGAGAUCUUGUUUUGUUGACAAGAGAAACCAAAAGAGGAGUUGUGCAGGAGAUAACAAACAUGGUGUUGAAGUUAGCUGGUGCCAAAGAAAGCGAUAAAGCCAAAGAUUUACUUAAACGGCGAGAACCAAUAAUGAAACCGGAUGAUGUGACAAAGAAUAAAACGAACACACUAAUGAUAAUGGCGAUACUAAUAGUAGCAGUGACAUUCAUAGCUGGAUUCACAGUACCCGGAGGUGUUUAUAGCUCUGAAGAUCCAAACCCAAAUAAAAGAGGGACAGCAAUUUUGGCUCAAAAACCAAUGUUCAAGAUAUUUGCUCUUUUCAACAUGGUAGCUAUGUACAGUUCCAUAUUUGGAUCUUUCUUUCUCUUGUGGGCACAGAUUGGCAACUUCUUCUUGUCUCCUUCAAGUUCCUUCAUCAGUUCUGCAAUUUUCAUGGUGGGUUUAGCUUUAUUGUCAAUGACUUUCUCAUUCAUGGCUGCUUUCAGUCUAGUUGUGACCCAUGUCUCAUGGAUCUCAUCUCUCACAAUAUUCAUUGGGAUCAGUUCGUUCUGUGGCAUAUUAAUAUUGUCAAAUGCGAGUAGGAGUAUUUUAGUUGUAUGCAUCAUAUCAAGGUAUCGUGACGAGAUUUUUAAGGUUUUCUUGUGUGUUAUAGGCGCUCUUUCAGCUGUUACCUUGCUAGCUAUCGUAGUUUCAGGGCCAAUUAUGUUGCUGUUGUAUCUUCUUAAAGUGGUACACUAAAGUGUUAAAGAUAUCCCUAAUAUUUUAGUUUUGAAGCUUUAUUGAUAUAAGGAUCUUGAUAUGGUGAGCAAUCUGUAAGUACUUUUGUAAAGAUUUUUUUAGUUUGAAAGCAUUUCUUGACCCUAGUAAACUCCAGAACCAAUUCACUUACUGAAGUUUUGUUUUAUCAAAAAAAAAAAAAAAGCUA